AUGGCGAUCCGUAAAUUGAAGGCGCGAGGCAUCGGCCGGUUCGAGCUGUUGAGUUGGUUGAAUGAGUUCCUCGAAACCGAUUACACCAAAGCAAGACAUAUCGAGCAUUUGGCGGACGGCAUUGCGUACUGCCAGGUGUUUGACAUUCUGUACCCUGGCAAAGUCCCAUUGCAGCAAGUGAACUUCCACGCGCAAGUGCAGCCUGAAUACGAGCGCAACCUCAAGCUUCUGCAGAGAGCUCUCGACGCAUGUGGCGUGCAAAAGGAAAUGGCCAUCAAAAAGUUGGUCAAAGGUGUGUUUCAAGAACAUUUUGAGUUCUUGCACUGGGUGCACGACUACGUUCACCGCACGUACCCCGACGCCAUGCGGCUUGGCAACGCCUAUGCCCGCCGCGAGCAGAUAUUGCAAAAGUCUGGCGAUGCCGCUGUGAACCUAAACUUGAUCCCUAAGUUUAGCAUGCGGAACGGACUCUUUCGUCAAAGCAUGGAGGACGCAUUGCCACAACCCGACCACGUCGAAGAAAGCAACAACGAUAUCCCUCUAUCUGACGACAGCGCAGCUUCUACCACAGGCGACGUCGUCACUACUUGCUUGCACGAAGUGGAACACUCGUGGGUUCACACGUCAGCCGCGCUGCAGCACGCCACAUGUAUCGUUCGAAGUCUCCAACCACCACCGGCAAAGGGUGCUCCACCUGUUGCAAAGUCGUCGGGAACGACGAAAACCAAGGCACGCGUUGAAACCAAGCAAACGACGGCUGCGUCCAAGAACAAGUUACAGCUAACACAAGCGUUGCUGCAGUUGCUGAAUGCGUCGUUGGAAGCUGAAUUGCAUGGUCGGAUCAAAGACUUGGUAAUGGCCGAGUCUUCGGUUGAGGCAAUGUCGUAA